GUUGCGUAGUUAUUAACAGCUGAAUGGAGGAAAUAUAUGGUUACGUAGACUUAUCAAAAUAAGAUUUUUUUAACUCCUUACGAAAACGUAACGUUAAGCACAACUUUAAGUUUUUAAAUUAAUAUGGCGGACACUGAUAUCUUAACAACACUGAAAAUUCUUAUAAUUGGUGAAAGUGGAGUUGGAAAAUCCAGUUUAAUGCUUAGAUUUACUGACGACGUAUUUGAUCCAGGCCUUUCAGCAACUAUUGGUGUGGAUUUCAAAGUAAAAGUGCUGACAGUUGAUGGAAACAGAGCUAAAUUAGCAAUAUGGGAUACUGCGGGAUCAGAAAGAUUUAGAACACUGACACCUAGCUACUACAGGGGAGCUCAAGGUGCAAUACUUGUUUAUGAUGUUACCAAUAGGACAAGUUUCCAGAAGCUGGACUUGUGGUUAAACGAAUUAGAGACAUACUCUACAAAGAGUAACAUAGUCAAGAUGUUAGUUGGCAACAAGAUUGAUAAGGAGGCUAGAGUGGUUACUAGAGAAGAAGGAGUGAAAUACGCACGAAAACAUUCCAUGCUGUUCAUCGAAGCUAGUGCUAAAACACGAGAUGGAGUUCAGUGUGCCUUUGAAGAACUAGUUGAAAAGAUAAUUCAGACUCCAGGACUGUGGGAAACUGACCAACGAUCAGAGCUACGGCUCAGUGACGGUGCACCAACACAACAGGGAGGUCAAUGUGGAGGUUAUUGUGUUAUAUAAGGUCAAACUAAACCAGUACUGUGCUAUCACAAUUACGUCGUGCAGAUGACCAGUUGAGGCUUUUCUCUUCUAGGACAUUGAAACGGAAACAUGGGUGGGAUUUAGAAUUCAAAGCCAGCCAGUCUUGUCAGUGCUGAGCUCUGAACUUUCAGUGAAUUUUUUUCUUUGUAAUUUAUGAUCAAGAAAUGGCCAUGAGCUGAUAAACUUUUGAGAUGUGCUCUUGCAAAGAAUCUAUGGUGGUUUAAUUCAUACAUUAUUAUUUAGUUAAGUUUAGGUUUAAUAUAUACAUAACUGCUAAGUUUUAAAUUAGUUUAUUAUGAAAUAAUGCUUUUAUCUUAUGUUUGCAUUGCAUAUCGUAUUAGCUACCACGAAUAAUCUCUUCUACUACUUGUUCUGAUGUUAACUUCAUUUCUAACGUGUAAUCCAUCUUGGUACAGUACUUAAGAAACAGUAGGUGUUACUUGUCAUGGUGGUUUAUUGUCAAAUGUACAGGUUUUACAAGUAGAAAAUGUAUUAAUAUUAACUGGGCAUAGGUGUAUUGAAUUAAAAAUGUGAAGACCAGUUUUCAAGUUUUUGUCUGAUCUAAAACUUGGAAAACCUGACACGAACUAUAAAAAUUACUUUACUUGAUUUUUUUACUCUCAUCUAUUGGUCAAACUACAUAUCGCUGAGCUUGCCAUAAUCAUCAUGAAAAGUUG